AUGACGGACGCUUUUGAGAUCCGAACAAUGAAGAGGAAGAACGUGAAGGGUCUGACACUUAGCCCCAGGUUGCUGCCGCCUCCUACUGGCGACGUGCAGAUAUCUAGUGCCACCAGCAGUGACGAAGGAAGAGCGGAUAACCCUGAGAUCACAGUUGACUUCAGAUUUGAUUUGAAGGCGGGGUACUCGAAGAACAACUUGAAGGCAAAGGAGUGGAUCGUGCUGAAAAAUCUUGGGCAGGGAGCUGAGGGACAAGUGACAAAGGUCCAGCACGUGGCUACAAAGUUGAUAAUGACACCGUUCUUUGGGGCCAUUCAGAAUGAUGGAGGUGAAGUGGUGAUGUACAGGGAGUAUAUGGAUGUUGGUUCCCUCGAAACUAUCUCACAAGCUUUUGGUCCAGUCCGCAUGGAUGUAUUAGGCAAGAUUGCAGAGGCAAUCCUAGGCGCUCUCACAUAUCUCUAUACAUAUCAUCGCAUUAUACAUCGGGACGUGAAGCCCUCCAAGAUGCUUGUCAACUCGUGUGGCCAAAUCAAGCUGUCCGACUUCGGAGUGUCUAGCCAUUUAAUAAACUCAAUCACGGAGACCUUUGUCGGCACCCGUAUCUACUUGGCUCCUGAGCGGGUGCAGGGCUCACCAUACACCGUCAAGGCUGACGUGUGGGCCGUUGGGCUAACAUUGCUGGAGCUCGCGAUAGGAAAGUUUCCAUUUGGCAUGGACGAAAAUGAUGCAACAAGUAGUCCGCUAGGUGUGAUAGAUCUAAUCCAACGAAUCGCAGUGGGGCCGUCGCCACGCCUUCCAAAGAGCAAUAUAUUUCCCACAGUCCUUGAGAAAUUCAUUGAAAAGUGUCUCAUGAAGGACCCCAAGGACAGGCCGACACUCCUGGAACUAUAUGAACAUGAUGCCUUCCUCCUUGCAGCAAAGCGCACCCCAGUCGAUCUCAAGGCAUGGGCGGUUGGUUUGAUGGAGCGUCAAGACAGAUUGCCUGAGAGACUCUCUGAAGAAACAUUGCUGCUAAGCAAAGCGGACCCAAAAGCAGGUCCAAGGCCUGAUGAGCUGGGCGGAUGCUCAGCCGAAGACAGGAUGACUCUUGCACCAUUCAUCAGAGGUUUGCAGAAGUUGACUUCAAUGGAAUCGCUGGAAGCGACCAAGAAACAUUGCGUGCCUUCUCUGUGUCAUCAUUGUAAACAACUGUUAGAUUCGGAUGUGGGACUUCGGGGGUCUGGCAAGUUGAAGCGGCGGGAAGUCGAAGAUGGCGCACGCAGACUUAAGUGCCCACUCUGCCAAUUGCUUGUUGAUUGUCUCCCGCCGGUCACAGCUUCUCACAUCUCAAACACAACUUGCUCCUCAGGACGAUCGCACAUGGUGCAAAAUACGACCCACGCAGUCCUGAAGGUCGGUCUUCUCAAUGAGUUUAUGGACCCCAUAAUGAAAAUAGGCGCUCAAUUUGAAGAUUGGAAUACCCAAUCUCAUUGCGCCUUUCAGAUGGCAGCAGCGUGGAGUUAUACGUGUCUCACAAGCCACAGUAAAUGCAUGGGAGCUGCGGAGCUUGCAUUGCCGGUCUUACCAACACGAGUCAUUGACGUGGAGCCGUCCGAUGGGUCGAAGGAUGUACGUCUCCACUCCGGUGAAGGUGAGCGAGCCUUCUAUUUUACAUUGAGCUACACUUGGAAUCAAAGUAAAGCUGCGCCUUUCCAAACCGUCGGAUCCAACCUGGAUGCAUACAAACUCUCGAUUCCGCUCUUAACGCUCCCGCAAACCAUGCAGGAUGCGAUUCUCAUCACCAGAAGGUUUGGCGUCCGGUACCUAUGGAUUGAUGCCCUUUGCAUCAUACAAGACUCUGAGGACGAUUGGCGGUCCGAAGCAAAGCAAAUGGCGAGGAUAUACAAAAAUGCGCUGUUGACCAUCGCAGCAGCUGCCGACACCAUCGAAGGAACCCAGGGCUGCUUUCGACCCCGGUCGCGACUGCGGACGCGCCCCUUCGACUCCAACUCAGCAUGGCCCAACGGCUGCCCUAAAUAUAUAUUUGCUAGUCGUAGACUCACCGGGGAUGGAGCGAGGCCUCUCAGCACCUUGGAUACAAGAGCGUGGGUUCUCCAGGAGCAACUUCUCUCCCCUCGUGUGCUCAGCUACUCCAAUAAAGAGCUAUAUUGGGAUUGCAUAUCUCUCAAUGCUUCUGAAACAUUUCCAGACGGUAUACCCGAUUUCUACGACGCGAAGAUGAAAUCCCUCGACUUUCGGCUGUUCAAAGAAGCAAUUCUUGGUGGUAGCGAGACGAAUAUAAGUCAUGAACAGUUCCACACUUCGUGGAUGAAGGUCGUGGAAGAGUACUCGGAGCGCAAAAUGACGCGAGAGAGGGACAAGCUCGCAGCUUUGCUAGGAGUAGCCAAAGAGGCUGCUAUCUUUCUCAAAGACGAAUUCCUGGUCGGGCUGUGGAGGAGCCGGCUUUGGAGACAUUUGCUGUGGUGGGUCAAAGAGCCGGACAUGUGUAUACGACCUCGGAAUUUCACCGCUCCGACCUGGUCUUGGACCUCCAUAAAUGCGCCUAUAUCGUACGAACUUCUUGGCCUCGAUCGAGAUGUUGAUGUAUACCAGUGUAUUGAAACCAUCCACGUUGAGGCGGAGUCCAAUCAAACUCUUCCCCUUCUCUCCGGCAAGCUAGUCGUUCGUGGAAAGUUGGUUCCCAUGAUGGCCCAGGGCCCACAAGACGCCUCCGGAUCCAGUGCCCUGGCUAACCUGCCUGCGCCAAUGUGGAGAGAGGACAUCGUGGGAACUGACCCAGCCUCAGUGCAAUGCUUGAUCGUUGCGGUCUCCUCGUGCUAUGUUUACGCACUUGGUCUUGUGGCUCUCGAGGAUGCAGAGCAUCAUUAUAACCGCGUCGGAAUGGUUAAUUGGAGAGCUCGCCCUAGGGUAUUUGGUUGGGAUGAAUGGACAGGGAAGUGGGGUGAUGCAGGAGAAUUGGAAACUAUUACUUGCUUGUAA